CACGACCGAACGCAUCACCAUGCAUGCUAGACUUGUUUACGUUCUCGGCUGCGAUCUUCGACUUACUUUCCGUCUGCCCUGACAUCCUAACUAAUCUUUUCCAACUAUCCUACAUCUAACAUGACGAAAGAAUUCCAAGACAAGGUCGUCCUGAUCACAGGUGCAGCGAGCGGUAUCGGCCGAGCCACAGCCCUCAAACUCUCCUCCCUCGGCGCCUCCCUCGCCCUCUGCGACCUCAACUUCCCCAACCUCAGUGCCGUAGCCUCCGAAUGCAAAACACCCACCCACCUCCGCAAAGUCGACGUAGGCUCCUCGUCUCAAGUCCAAGAAUUCGUAGACAGCACAGUAAAAGGGCUAGGUCGCCUGGACUACGUUUUCAACUGCGCAGGCGUCAACCCAACGAGCAUGAAGCUCGAAGAUACCGACGAGGAAUACUGGGAUAAACUCGUAAACACAAAUCUCAAAGGCGUGUUUCUUGUUACGAAAGCCUGUCUUCCGCAUCUGCAGCGCGGAUCUGCCAUUGUUAAUGUGAGCAGUGUGUCUGGUAUUCGUGGCUCGGCUCUUCAGUCUGUGUAUUGUACUACGAAAUUCGGACUCAUUGGCAUGACUAAGUCGCAUGCGUUGGAAUUUGGGCCUAGGGGUAUUAGGGUGAAUUGCGUUGCGCCGGGGUAUAUUGAUACGCCGUCGAAUGCAGGGAUUGUCAAAGGCGGAGAGGCGGUUGAGCGCAUGAGGAAUGGGAAUGCGUUGGAGAGGUUGGGCGAGCCUGAGGAGGUGGCGGAUGUUGUUGCGUUUUUGUUCGGGGAGGGCGCGAGGUAUGUUAAUGGGGCUGUUUUGGAGAUUGAUGGGGGGAUCAAGAUGAGUAGUACUACGAGCAAGUGAGAGGGAGGAAAGAUAAGAGGAAACAAUAGAGUGCGCUUUUGACUCAGACUGCGGCCUGAUCGUGGUUCUGGCUGGUUAUUGAGAUCAUACUUUGGUAUAAAAUGAGCAGAAGUGGCAGGCUGACUUGUGAAGAAAGACAGGGUCAUUGCUAUGACAAUAGUCAAAGCUCCCUAUGUACUUACGUCUGUCAAGGUCUGAUGUUGCGGUUACCCAACGGGAACCUGGGCCAGAGGAACUCCUUAGUCACGUGCAAGAUCGCCAGUGGCGCUAGCGCCUGUCGCAUGUCGAAAGUUCCGUCGCGACAUCGUACUCUCACC